CUCUCUAGAAGAUCUAAUUCUUCUGACAUGAUGAACAAUCCUCCCCCUCCUCCUCCAUUUUAUGUCCCAAGAUGGACACCAAGUCCAAGUCCGACAAGAGAACUCCUCAAAGAUCCCGAAACAGAGAGCGUUACCUCUGCCGAAUUAGAUCAUAAUAUCGAUUUACCAACCAAAAUGACAUUUCCUUUCAGUGCCGGAACAACUCCCCCAUCUUUACCAACGUCGACGUUAAAAUCUCUUAGGAUCGAUCAAGAAAUCAAGACAUCUUCUUUGGAAACGGAAACGAUUAGUAUUCCAUUCCCAACCUCUCAAGACUAUGUCGUCACUUUCAACCGCGAUACCAAUAAUACUAUUAAUAACGGCACCGCCGCCGAUGGCAUUUUCUUGACUUGGACCGACUUAUUGGUAACCGUGCCUCAUCAAAAUAACGGCGGUGGUGCUGGCGGUGGCGGCCGACUCCCGAUUCUUCAUGGAGUCACCGGAUAUGUCGAGCCAGGGGAGGUCUUGGCUAUCAUGGGACCGUCCGGCUGCGGAAAGUCAACUCUCCUAGAUGCCUUAGCAGGAAGAUUGGAUUCCAACACAAGACAAGCCGGAGAGAUCCUCGUCAAUGGUCAAAAAAGAGCCCUUUCUUUUGGAACCUCGGCUUAUGUGACACAAGAUGACACACUCAUGACAACAUUAACCGUUAAAGAAACAGUUCAAUACUCAGCUCAACUCCAACUCCCGGACUCAAUGUCGAUAGCUGAGAAGAAGGAAAGAGCCGAAGCAACCAUAAGAGAGAUGGGUUUGCAAGGUGUGAGGAAUACGAGGAUCGGGGGAUGGAGUUCGAAAGGGUUAAGUGGAGGGCAAAGGAGAAGGGUUAGCAUAUGUAUUGAGAUCUUGACUCGUCCUCAACUUUUGUUCCUCGAUGAGCCCACGAGCGGGCUCGAUAGUGCGGCAUCGUACCAUGUCAUGAAUAGUAUAGUUAAGUUGGCUCAGCAUAAUAGGAGAACCGUGAUCGCAUCCAUCCAUCAACCGAGUAGUGAAGUAUUCGAACUCUUCCACAAUUUGUGUCUUCUAUCCUCGGGAAAGACAGUAUAUUUUGGAUCCGCCUCGGCUGCAGGCGAGUUCUUUGCUCUAAAUGGUUUUCCAUGCCCACCCAUGAGGAAUCCUUCAGAUCAUUAUCUAAGAACCAUCAAUAAAGACUUUGAUACGGACAUAGAACAUGGAAGUGGUGGCAAGUCAACUAUGAAGGCAAUACAAGCAAUCAACAUACUCGUUAAGUCAUAUAAUUCUUCAGAAGGUUGCCGACAAGUUGAAAGGAGAGUAGAAGAAAUUUCUCAACAGAAUAAGGGAGCAUUAUUGGAGAAGAAGGGUGGUCAAGCAAGUUUUGUAACACAAUGCCAAGUCCUCACACGAAGAUCUUUUGUCAAUAUGUAUCGUGAUUUGGGUUAUUAUUGGCUUCGACUUGCAAUUUAUAUAGCUUUGUGUUUGUGCGUUGGCACUAUUUUCUUUGACAUCGGAACAACCUAUGGUUCGAUUCAGGCAAGAGGAGCAAUGCUCUUUUUUGUGGCAGCAUUCUUGACAUUCAUGGCCAUUGGUGGGUUUCCCUCUUUUGUGGAGGACAUGAAGAUUUUCACUAGAGAAAGACAAAAUGGGCACUACGGAGUUGGAGCGUAUGUAAUUGGAAAUACAUUCUCAUCAAUACCAUGCUUGUUCCUCAUCUCCGUGAUCCCGGGAGCCCUAGCCUACUACCUUGUAGGUCUUCAAAGGGGAUUCGAUCAUUUCGUUUACUUUUCGCUAGUCCUCUUUACAUGCAUGCUUUUGGUCGAGAGCCUGAUGAUGAUUGUAGCAAGUCUGGUCCCCAAUUUCCUAAUGGGGAUUAUAACCGGAGCAGGCAUUCAAGGAGUGAUGAUGUUAAACGGUGGAUUUUUUAGGCUCCCAAACGACCUUCCUAAGCCCUUUUGGAGGUACCCGAUGUACUACAUUGCGUUUCAUAAGUACGCGGACCAAGGGUUCUUCAAGAAUGAGUUCGAAGGACUUGUCUUUCCCAAUGAGAUGGCUGGGGGAGGAGCGACGAUAAGUGGAGAGGAGAUCUUGAAGAGUUUUUGGCAAGUGCAAAUGGGGUAUUCCAAGUGGGUGGAUCUUGGAAUUCUAUUGGGAAUGGUGUUAGUUUAUAGGCUUAUGUUCUUCGGGAUUAUUAAGGCUAUUGAGAAGUUUAAGCCUAUGAUUAGAGCAUUCAGGGCUAAACAUUCUGAUCAAUCCACACAAGCACAUACUGAAUAAACUCAUACAUAUAAAUAUAUACAUAUAUAUUUUGAAGCUAAAGUUUGAAUAAAGAGUGAUAUUUAUUUAUUGUAAUAGUUUAUAUUCAUAUUUAAUUAAAUAGUUAUUGCUGA